AUGUCGAGGCUUCUUCGGCAACCGAGCCAGUUCCUGCGACUCGCUCGAUUCUCGCAGCAGGCGAACCUCCAGCGGAGCCUGUACCGAUCGGUUGCCUCUCGACCGAUAUUCAUACGGCCUUGCUCGACCCCGUACGGCACCCGACCUCGAUUUUACUCGUCAAAGUCGCCACAACCCGAGGAGGAGAGCAAGCCGAGCGAGAAUAACAGAAGCGAAAAAAAGGCAAGCAUAGAAAAGGACGGAGAGGGUGAAGCUGAGCAGCAUGGAAAGCCCGAGGCUUCCAAGCCGCCCUCGGCCCCCCUGCCGGAAGGCUGGAUACGACUGUCAAAGGAGGAAAUCGAGCAGCUGCACGGCUUCAAGGAUGUUUUGCCCGAGGCGCAGAGACAAACGAUGAAAGAUAUCCUCACCGGUCUCGAGCAGACGGGUGCGCCCGGAGAAGUGCGAGACCUGCUCCAGAAGAUGCGAAAAGGACCCGGCAACCUGUCGAUUCUCGACAAGGGUCGCCUCAUGCGAUGCGUCUUCAUGAUGGCCGAGCGGUUAGCCGAGUGGGAGGUGGAGCAGCAGAGCAAAGGAAACGGCAUGUUCAACCAAAACAAGGUCGGAAAGGACCAGAACAAGGAAGGCGAGCAGGCAAAGGGCCACGAGGCCGGCGAGACGCCGAGAGCUGGCGAGACGAAAUCACACUCGCAAGGACCCGGCCAGCAACCGCCAAAGAAAGGAGGCAGCACUUGGGGGGAUAUCUUGCAGACGGCCCUCAUUCUAGGCGUCAGUCUCUGGGCCUUUGAGCUGCUCAGCAAGCCCUUUUCGGAAAAGGAGAUCACGUGGCAGGAAAUGAGGAAAGCGUUCCUCGACAAGGGCCUCGUUCAGAAGCUCGUCGUGAUCAACGGCAAUCAAGUACGAGUUGAGCUGCACCCGGACGCGUCCGAGGCGACGUCCGAGAACGGCUCCCGACGGACGUACCUGUUCUCCAUCGGAUCCGUCGAGUCCUUUGAGAAGAAGCUCGAGGAAGCUCAGGACCAGCUGGGCAUUCCGCAAUCCGAGAGGAUACCGGUCAGCUACGAGACGGGCGGCAGCGCCGUCAGCAACCUCCUGAUGGCUUUCGGACCUACCCUCCUGUUCAUCGGUCUCAUUCUCUGGACCCAGCGGUCCAUGGGUGGCCGCGGCGGCGGCGGAGGCAUGUUCAACUUUGGCAAGAGCAAGGCGAAGAAGUUCAACGCCGAGAGCUCGGUCAAGGUCAAGUUUGCCGAUGUCGCGGGUCUCGAGGAGGCCAAGGUGGAGAUUAUGGAAUUCGUCAGCUUCUUGAAGCAGCCCGAGAAGUUUGAGAAACUCGGCGCCAAGAUCCCUCGCGGCGCCAUCCUCGCCGGCCCGCCCGGCACGGGCAAGACGCUCCUCGCCAAGGCCACGGCCGGCGAGUCUGGCGUGCCCUUCUUCAGCGUCAGCGGCUCCGAGUUUGUGGAAAUGUUCGUCGGCGUUGGCCCCUCUCGCGUGCGUGACCUGUUCGCCGAGGGCCGCAAGAAUGCGCCGUGCAUCAUCUUCAUCGACGAAAUCGACGCCAUCGGAAGGGCACGCCAGGACAGCGGCCGAGGAUUCGGGGGCAACGACGAGCGGGAGGCGACCCUCAACCAGAUCCUCACCGAGAUGGACGGCUUCAACACGCGAGAGCAGGUUGUCGUCUUGGCCGGCACCAAUCGCGCCGACGUCCUCGACAAGGCGCUGAUGCGACCGGGUCGUUUCGACCGACACAUCUACAUCGACCGGCCGACGAUGAGCGGACGAAAGGAGAUCUUCAAGGUCUACCUGAACAAGAUCGUGACCAAGGAAGACCAGGAACACCUCAUCGGCCGGCUGGCCACGUUGACGCCCGGCUUCUCCGGUGCCGACAUUGCCAACGUCGUCAACGAGGCCGCCCUCAUCGCGGCGCGGGGCAAUGCCGACGACGUCAAGAUGGAACACUUUGAACGCGCCAUCGAGCGCGUCAUUGGCGGCCUCGAGCGCAAGUCCCUCGUGCUGAAGCCGGAGGAGAAGAAGACGGUGGCGUACCACGAGGCCGGCCACGCCAUCUGCGGCUGGUUUCUUCGCAACGCGGACCCCCUGCUCAAGGUCUCCAUCAUCCCUCGCGGGCAAGGCGCCCUGGGCUACGCCCAGUACCUGCCGCAGGAUGCGUACCUCAUGAACACGGACCAGCUGAUGGACCGCAUGGCCAUGACGAUGGGUGGCCGCGUCUCCGAAGAGCUCCACUUCCCGACGGUCACGACGGGCGCGAGCGACGACUUCAAGAAGGUGUCGUCGAUGGCGCGCAACAUGGUGACGCAGUGGGGCAUGUCGGAAAAGGUCGGGCCCGUGCAUUUCGAGAACGACCCGAACCGGAUGGUGAAGCCGUUUGCGGAGGCGACGGCGCAGCAGAUCGACCAGGAAGUUCAGCGGAUCGUGGAGCAGGCCUACAAGCGAUGCAAGGACCUGCUGACGGAGAAGAAGAAGGAGGUGGGCCUCGUGGCCGAGGAGCUGCUUAAGAAGGAGAUGCUCGUCCGCGACGACAUGGUGCGCAUCCUGGGCAAGCGACCCUUUGACGACAACGAGGACUUUGAGAAGUACUUUGGAGGCGGCAAGGAGGAGAGCACGCCGCCGCCGUUCCCGUCGGAGGAGACGGACACGGUCAACGACCCGCCCGCACCAUCGCCGGCGCCGGCUUUCCAGCAGCUCGCCGAGGGCAAGACGCACGAGAUGAGGUGA